UUGCAUUUUAAAGACUGUCACACCUACAGAGAGAAUUCUGUGGUCCAUUCAUUUGCUUCCUUUCUGCUUCACUGAGUUUAGGAUCAUCAAAAUUGCUGCCAUUUAGGCUCCUGAUUUCCAUCCAGUACAAAAAUCAAGAUGUGGCUGUUUAUUAUAACUUAUUUGAUGUAUGGUAUUGGGAAGUUGGAAGGAUCUAUGAGCCUAAUAGAUGUGAAUCCUGAAGUAUUAAUGAAUAUUAGUGAGAUCAUUUGCUACAGAGGGUACCCAAGUGAGGAGUACAUCAUCCAGACUGAUGAUGGCUAUUACCUUACCAUCAACAGAAUUCCACAUGGCAUAGAAAAUCCAGGGAACUCAGGUCCAAAGCCCAUCAUUCUUCUGCAGUCUGGCUUAGUGUUGGAGGGAAGCAACUGGGUUGCUAAUUUUCCCAACCACAGCCUAGGCUUCAUACUAGCAAAUGCUGGCUAUGAUGUAUGGAUUGGAAAUACCAGAGGGAGCACAGGGGCAAAAAAACAUGAUAAAUAUUCAGAUGACCAGGAGGAAUUUUCAUCUUACAGUUUUCAUGAAAUGGCUGUAUAUGACCUUCCUGCAAUAAUAAACUUUAUUCUUCAGACAACUGGGCAAAAGGAGUUGUAUUAUGUUGGCUUUUCGCAGGGCACCACCCUUGGUUUCAUUGCAUUUUCCUCAAUGCCAGAGCUGGCUCAAAAAAUCAAAAUGUUUUUUGCAUUGGCUCCUAUAACCAUUUUGCAGUAUGGCAAUACCCCCACGAUAAGGUUGCUCUUACUCCCUCAUGUUUUAAUCAAGGCUAUUGUUGGAAACAAAUAUUUCUUUAACAGGCCAAAGAUUGUAAACAAAAUUAUUACUCAGAUGUGUAGCUGUAAAAUAUUUCACUGGCUUUGUUCCUUGGUCUUUUCUAUUUCUGGUGGAUUUAACAGUAGCCUAAAUAAGAAUCGCCUUGAUAUCUACAUGUCACAUUUCCCAGAUUCAACAUCUGUGCAAAAUAUACUUCACUGGGGCCAGACCUAUCAAACAGGGGAAUUUAAAAAUUAUGAUUAUGGCAGUGAAAAUAAAGCCAAGUACAACCAGACGGAUGCUCCCUUCUACAGGUUAGAGGAUAUGAAAGUGCCAACUGCACUGUGGUAUGCUGGAAAUGAUUGGAUAGUAGACCUAAAGGAUGCUGAAAGAUUAAUCCCUCAAAUAAAUAAUAUAGUGUACAAAAAAUAUAUUCCUCAUUGGACCCAUUUUGAUUUCAUUUGGGGUCUUGAAGCACCUGAGCAACUAUACAAUGAAAUUGUUGGCCUGCUGAGAAGGAAUCCUUUGCAGAAUUGUAUAGAGUUACUGUAACUGUAUAUCAUGAGUUCUUGUGACAUCAAUUUUGUUUUCUCAGGGCCUCUUUCUUUUUUUAACAUAUGAAGGUGAGGUGUCUGCUUUGUCUGGUUUGGAUUUGCAAUACUUCUGUAAAUAUGAAAAAGAUUGUAGCUUGGUUCUAAGGAAACCAGGUUCAGUUCCCUGUUCUACUAUACACUUCCUACAGACCCAGGCCAAGUGACUCAGGCCAAAUCCUCAAGUCUUUAUAAGUGUCUAACUCUCAUUGUUUCCAAAGGUAGUUAGAUGCAAAAAUAUCUUUAUGGAGCUGAGCCUUGCAGCAUCUUUGCAGAGUCCAAGGACCACAAUUCAAAGCAAAACAUGUUGACUCCUCAUUUGCUCACACCUGUAACAAAUUAAAUCUACCACUGCUGCAGAGCCAUCUUCACAAGAUGCUGGCCACACACCUAUAAGCACAGCAAGCUUGCUAGUAUGCACCCAACACUUUUCUAAGGGUGGCUAUAUUGCAUCAUUUCUGGGGUAUAGUGCAUGAAGAGCAGGUGUACCAUGCUUCACUUCAGUACUCCCUAGGGCCAUUGAUUAAUGAGAUGUGCAUCCUUAAUCUUUUUGGGUGUUUUUACAUGUGCUCUGGGGUAGGUGGGGGGCACUUUAAUUAUAGAAGCUCCAAGAGCACGUUUUUAAAAGCAUCAAAAUUAUUUUAAUACUGAAUUUAUGUUUCAGAAUAAAAAUUAAACUGUUACAAA